AUUAAUUCUCACGAAAAAACACUUUUCGGUACUUUUCAGGUAAGAAGCAGAAGUAGGAGUACGUACGUACUCGUGUAGAUUGUACGCAAUAGCACUGGGACGCAACAAAUCCUAAAAUCAUCGAUCGUUGAAAGGAUCGUUACCGGAAAUAAUUUGUACGAUUAUGGGAGCGACUAUGGUUAGUUUUGUCAAGACCGAGAACAACAUCACUGUUGUAUCAUAGAAUACAAUACGGCAUCAUUUUUGCACAGUAGUACCAAGAAUUUGACAAAAAUAAGAAUGUGUGGCAAAAGAAUACCAGCGGCAUCUUCGCUGGUCAGCUCUGCGCCUACUGGAAAUGUGAGAUGUCGGGGUCGGACGCAAACUAUUCCGUACUUCUAUGUACUAGGCGCAUCAUUGCUGAUGCUACAAAUCGUUGUGGCGGCAACGUCAUCCAAUAUCGGAAAUUUCCAAGGAAUCUCUUUUGCGAAAAGCCAUAAAAGACCAUCUUUUGCUGUGGAUCGAUCGAUUCCCCGCGGUGGCGCUCUCUUUGGUACAGCAACCGAAGAUUUUGAUGACGAAGAGGACGAAGAAGAGGAAGAUGAGGAAAACGACGAUAUUCGACAACAUCCCGAGUACGACAAAUUACUGGCCUACCGCAUGAAGCAGCAAGUCCUUUUGCAGCUGCGGGCAACCUAUCUUAGUGAAACUCUUGCCAAACGGGGACUGCCAAUUGCCACGAUCCAGGACGUGGCAACUCCCGAAGGGACAAGCCCACCGCAAAAGGUCGAUUGGGACUGCGCUAUGAGUACCGAAGAGGAUCCAGGGCACUGCCUCAUCAGCUACGAGCCCGAACCGGGUGCGAAACUGGUAGUCCCAAUAGAACUGGCCCACACAGACAAGUGGAUCACGCUGGCAGCGCUCAAUCGGUUGCGCCGAGACGAUCCCUCUAAGGUUGAGCCCAUGUGGAACGACAAGUAUGCGGUUCUCACCUCUUGGUUCAGUCCGAAUUCUCGGUACUCCCUGCUUCAGCACAUGGGACCCAAGGGCGUCCUCCUUUCUACACUUUUAGAUGGAAACCGGCUCCCUCUUGUGGUGGGAAUCCUGGUUCUACUGGUAACUAUCCAGGUAUUGCCUAUCAUUGAGGCGGUGAUGAACCGUCUUUUGGUAUCUGGAUUUGUUUGGGAGCGGUGGCCGUCUUGGUACCGAUACGUGCGCGUAGGGCUUCCAUUCAAGCUAUUGAUUCUGCAGGUUGCCUUUGGUCAGGUCUCGAAGGCGUUUUCGGCCCUGGUGGUGUUCAUCAAGGACAAGCUAGUAGACAUGGAAUGCCGAAUCCUGGAAGAAACAAUACCCUUGACGGUGGGUGUGCCUGAUGGACCUUACGAUACAGACGAUGAUGAAGAUGAUGUUGACCAAGAAGAGACCGACGAUGAUGAGCAUGACGAUGAAUCCUCAUCAGACGACGACAUGGACGAAUAGUAGAGAACUGAUUUCGAUUGAUGCAGUCUGGAUGAAACCAUGCAUUGGACAAAUUUGAACG